AUAAGGCAUCACAAUAUGUGGAUGGAGUGGUGCUGUAAAACUGUUUUUAAACCCCUGGGGGCCUCAGCUAGCUGAGCAUCCAACUCAAAGUUCACACUUCAAACACCCACUGCCAUCUGGUAAGCAAAACGAAGCAGAACAUGGCUGCCGGCUGGGCAGAGGUGACAGUUAACUGCCUCAUGCAUUACUUCAAGCAGCCGGCGAAACUGAAACUAGCCGUGAUUAUAGUAGUACCAUUUCUCUUGCUGUGUUAUGGAGUUGGCGACGUCCAUAGCUCCAUAGUUCAUGAGAACAGAGAGGAUCUUCGCUCACUGCUCGACUUCAAGCAGGGUAUCACCAGCGAUCCAUAUAGAGCCUUGGGCAACUGGAAUACAAGCACCCACUUCUGUCAUUGGAAUGGAGUGAACUGCACCUUAAAUCGACCAUGGCGUGUCAUGGUACUCAAUCUCACCAUGCAAAACUUGGUUGGCCAAAUCUCCCCGUCUCUUGGAAACCUAACCUUUCUUAACACGCUUGAUCUAUCCCAAAACCUUUUGCAGGGAAUCAUACCCGAUUCGCUUACAAACUGUUCCAAUUUGAACCGUUUAUUCCUAUCUUACAACAACCUUACGGGUGCGAUUCCCACUAGCAUAGGCUUUCUUUCAAAACUAAUAGUCAUGAACUUCCACAGAAAUAAUCUCGUUGGCGUCAUCCCGCCUGCGAUAGGAAACAUUAGCACUUUAAAAACACUUGACCUUGGAGAAAAUCAAUUGAACGGGCCAAUUCCCGACAAGCUUUGGCACCUACGGAAUAUGAUAUACUUUUACCUAGAUGGAAAUAGUCUAUCAGGUGAAAUCCCACAGGCUGUCUCUAAUAUAUCUUCUCUCCUGGAUUUAUCCUUGUCUAUCAAUAUGCUGGAGGGCACAUUGCCAUCUAACAUUGGUAAUGCCUUCCCUAAUCUCCAAAAUCUGUUCUUGGGAGGCAACACUUUCCAGGGUCACAUUCCAUCUUCUAUAGGCAAUGCUUCAGGUCUAGGAAGAAUAGAUCUAUCAUCUAAUGGUUUCAGUGGCCAAAUCCCAAGCUCUUUUGGAAGGAUCGGAGCGCUGUAUUGUCUGAACCUUGAAUCAAAUAAGCUUGAAGCAGCGAGAGAUGGUGAAGGCUGGGAAUUCUUCCAUGCGCUCGCAAAUUGUACUAGUCUACAAGUUAUUUCAGUAUCCAAUAAUCAGCUACUGGGAGUCAUCGCAAAUUCGAUAGGUAACCUACCCACCAACCUUACGUAUCUUGGAAUGAGUGGAAACAAGCUGUCAGGAGUUGUACCCCCAAGCAUAGGAAAAUUUCAGGACUUAUAUGCUCUCUUACUAGAUGGCAACAGCCUUACCGGAACAAUUGAAGAAUGGGUUGGCAAACUGACGAAGCUAGAAGCUUUAGACCUCCAUGGGAAUAACUUUGUUGGGACAAUUCCAGCUUCCAUUAGCAAACUUACGCAGCUGUCAGUCUUCUCUCUUGCAGAUAAUAACUUUAAUGGUUUUAUACCUCCUGGUUUCGGAAACCUUCAAUGUAUUUCGACAUUGAACCUUAGCUAUAACAAUUUCCAAGGGACCAUACCUGUUGAGUUUGGUAAGCUUAUACCACUCACCACACUAGAUCUUUCAUCGAACGAGCUUAGUGGGGAAAUUCCUGAUACUUUGGGCCAAUUUGCACAAAUAAAGACCAUUCGAAUGGACCAAAAUUUUCUUACAGGAAACAUUCCGACAACCUUCAGCGGUCUAAAGAGCUUGAGCAUACUCAAUCUUUCCCAUAACUAUUUGUCAGGCCCCAUGCCAGGCUUUUUAUGCGAUCUAGACCUUCUAACUAAACUGGACUUAUCUUACAAUAAUUUCAAAGGAGAAAUACCAAGAACUGGUAUAUUCCAUAAUGCUACAGUUGUUUCACUCGAUGGCAAUCCAGGACUGUGUGGAGGAACCAUGGACUUGCAUGUGCCUGCAUGCCAUUUUGCUCAUAGAAGAGUAGAAAACAUAAACUAUUUGGUCAAAAUAUUGACCCCAAUAUUUGGUUUCAUGUCAUUCAUGAUGUUGAUAUAUAUUAUAAUCCAUGGGAAGAAGACUGCAAGAAGACCAUACUUGAUGCUUUCUUUUGGUAAGAAGUUCCCCAAAGUUUCUUAUAAGGAUCUAGCCCAAGCUACAGGAAACUUCUCCACGUCAAAUCUAAUUGGGAGAGGAAGCUAUGGUUCAGUUUACGAAGGAAAAUUAACUCAAGCUAAAGUGCAAGUGGCAAUUAAGGUUUUUGAUCUUGAGAUGAGAUGUGCAAACAAAAGUUUCAUUUCAGAAUGUGAAGUGUUGAGAAGCAUACGUCAUCGGAACCUUCUUCCUAUCCUAACUGCAUGCUCAACGGUAGAUAACAGUGGCAAUGAUUUCAAAGCUCUAAUUUAUGUGUUCAUGCAGAACGGAAAUCUGGACACAUGGUUGCAUCACGGACCUGGUGUAGCUCGAAAACGUUUGGGCUUAGUACCAAGAAUGAACAUAGCUGUCAGCAUAGCUGAUGCCUUGGCAUAUUUACACUACGACUGUGGGAGGCCUAUUGUACAUUGUGAUCUGAAACCAACUAAUAUCCUUCUUGAUGGUGAUAUGGAUGCCCAUUUGGGAGACUUUGGCAUUGCAAGUCUAGUUCUUGAUUCUAGAUCAACAGCAGUAGGAUAUUCUGGGGCUAAUAGUUCAGUCGCUGCAAUGGGAACUCUAGGAUAUAUUGCUCCAGAGUAUGGUCAAACUGUUCGUGCAUCAACCUGUGGGGAUGUUUACAGUUUUGGAAUAGUACUUCUGGAGAUGCUAACAGGCAAAAGGCCAACCGACUCUAUGUUUGGGGAUGACCUCAGCAUUGUUACCUUUGUGGAGAGGAACUUUCAAGAUCAGAUGCUUGUUAAGAUUGAUCCUCAUCUCCAAGAAGAAUGCAAGGGCUCUAUACAAGCAAUGCCAGAAGCAGAAAAUGAGAUCUGUCGAUGCUUGCUAUCACUCGUGCAAGUCGCUCUUUCUUGCACACGUCUGUUCCCAAGAGAACGAAUGAACAUGAGAGAAGUAUCUAUUAAUUUGCAUGCAAUCAGGAGAUCAUAUGUUGCAGCAAUCAAGCAAGAGUAGCGCAUGUUUCAAUGGACUAAUGUCCAGCAUGCCAUGGUGCAUAACUCAGUAUAGUACGUCUUUGGAGGCAACAAGCCUAAUAAAGACAGUUGCAGAGAGCCAGAGACAUACUCAUACAUGAAUUUUCUCACCUUAUGCAUAGAGCAAAGAAAAGGUACUUCCCUAGGAUCUCGGAUUGGCUGCAAUCCUUAUUGUGAUCUCUUUUCUGUUGUUUUUUUUCCUCUUUUCUUCCUUCCCUCCUCUGUUUAAUUGUACCAAGCAAAGCAAUGAAAGGUAAACCUACCCUUGCAAUGUGCUAGAGAUGCACACAAGAGAAGGAAU